AUGGACGGCGGCGGCGAGCAGACCAAGUACCGCGGCGUGCGCCGCCGCACCUGGGGCAAGUUCGCGGCGGAGAUCCGCGACUCGAGCCGCCACGGCGUCCGCGUGUGGCUCGGCACCUUCGACACCGCCGAGGAGGCCGCCGUCGCGUACGACCGCUCCGCCUACUCCAUGCGCGGCAGGAACGCCGUCCUCAAUUUCCCCGACCAGGCGCACGUCUACGAGGCCGAGGCCCGGCGCGGCGGCGGUGCUUCGUCCUCGACGGCGACGAGGCAGAGCCAGCAACGGCAGGUGAUCGAGUUCGAGUACCUGGACGAUGACGUGCUGCAGGAGAUGCUCAACGACCACGACAGAUCCAGCAGGAAUAACUAG